AUGAAACCUGUACACUUCAAUAAUUCGAUAAUAAAUGAGGAUAAUUUAGAUUUACUCCAAUGUGACGAUAAAAAAAAAGAAGGAAGUUUUAAUAUAUUUAAUAAUAAUAAUAAUCAAAUAAAUAAUGUGAUAUAUGAUAAAAAUGUAUUUCCUAAUAAUUAUGUACAGAAUAAAAGUCAUAUAAAUUCUGAAUACGUAAAUAAUAUGGAUUAUUUAUCCUUACAUACAGGGAUAGAAAAAUAUAAAUACAGAAAAAAUAAUAAUAAUGUCAAAAAUAUGAUUUUAAAAGAUGAAGAUAUUUUAUAUGAUUAUAAUAUUCAUCUAUCAAAUCAUUUAAUUAACCAUGAUAUCAAUUUUAUAUAUUCUUCAAAUAAUAUAUUUAACUUAUGUAAUAAUAAAAAUCCAAAAUAUUUUCCAAAUUCAAAGAAUUCUAAUGAAAUUAAGAAGGAUCAUAAAAACAAAGUAAAUGUAUAUACAAAUAAUAUACACUAUCAUACAAAAAAAAAUAAAAACUUUUAUUCUAAUCCAACUGAAGUUAAUUAUAAUUCACUUCUAUCUAAUAAUUUAAAACAUAAUUCUCUAUAUUAUUCUUUUAGAAAAGAUACAUCUAAUUUUAAUUUUUCAUGUGACAAAAAUAAUACUACUUUUUCUAAACCAAAUUGCUUACAUGAAUCUAAUCCUAGUUCUACUUCAACAUGUUAUCCAAAUGUUAAUACUAUUCCUCUUGCAAUUAAUCUUUUAAAUAAUGUAAAUGAUGACAUUUCACCAAUUCAUCCUCUUCCUCUAUCUGAAUCUUCGUCUACAUCUGCUUCUACAUCUGCAUCUGCCUCUACAUCUGCUUCUACUUCUGCAUCUACCUCUGUGUCCACUUCGGUAUCUACCUCCGUUUCUACAUCUGCUUCUACCACUAUGAACUCCCCUCGUCCUAGUGAUAAUCACAUAAGCAACUCUUUCCCUUUAUCGCGUGAAUCCAGAGCUACAGAACAAGUGAAUAGAUUGUAUUUUCCUGUGAAUGAUGUUACAUCUAAAUCUGAUCCCAAUCCAAAUAAUGAACUCACAUCUAACAUGAAUCCAAAACAUGAACCCAUUUGUGAAGAAACCAGAAAUGAUAACGGGCACAUUAGGAAUAAUUCUAUAUACCCCCUUAGUCAUAAAUCUAGUUAUAAUAUUACUACGAAGGGACAUACAAAUCAGUUAGAGGAUGAAAAAUUGCAUAGAGAUGAUAAUAGCAUGUUUGAUAAAGUGUCAUACGAAUGGAAAGAUGAAGACGAAAAAAAUGAUUGUAGAAAUGAAUAUGAUGAAUAUUUUCAAAAGAAAAAAAAAUAUAAUUAUUUAUUACCAAAAGAAAAUGAAAAAGACAAGAGUACAAAAGGAAAAAUAAGAGAAUUAUAUAAUAACUUUAAAAAUACAUUAAAUAAAUUAUGUCAUGAAAUAUUUUUUAAUUCUUUUCAGACCAUGUUUUCUUAUUUUAUUACUACGUCUUUUUUUAUAAUAAUUAAUUUAUAUGUUAGCAAUGUAUGCACAUAUCAAGAAAUAGCUGGUUUUGGUGUUUCUAUAAGUAUUAUAACAAUAUUGAAUUGUAUAGUAGAUGGUGUAUUAAAUAGUUUAGAUUAUUUUUGUAGUCAUUCUAUAGGUAUAGGUAAUAUGGAUAAAGCAUGGUUAUAUUUGAAUUGUGCAUAUUAUUUCUUUUAUAAAUUAUAUUUUCUUCUUUUUGUUUUUUUCUUUUUGUUUAAAUGGUUAACAUUUAAAAUCAUUAGAAAUAUUUUUGUAGCUCAUAUGAUGAAUGAAUAUCUUAUGAUGAUAAAAGUAUUUUUUUCAACAGUACAAAUAUUAUUGGUAUGUUACUUUCCAUAUUUUAUAUAUGAAACCAUGAGAAGAUUUCUUAUAUUAUAUAAUAAUAUAUAUCCAAGUAUAUAUACAUCUAUCAUAUCAGUAAUAUGCUUAAAUAUUUUUUGUUACAUAUUUAUAAUAAAAAUAUCUAUGCUUUAUACCGGAGCACCCAUAGCUUUAUUGUUUACAAAUAUAAUUAACAUGUGUAUGAUUAUGUAUUUCUUAAAAGCAUUUAUAUAUCGGUGUGUGGUUCGUCCUACAAAUAUUAUUUCUUCCUUAAGGGAUGGAGAAGAAUUCAUGUCUUGUGAGUCCAUACCUAUGGACAGGCAACAUUUGACUGGUAACAAUCUUUAUAAAAAUAUAAAUAAUGGAGAUAGGAAUGAUGGGGUUCAUGGACAUGUAUGUGCAGAAGAAAGUUGUGUGUAUGAAGAUUUCUCAAGUCCUAACGAGGAUAAUUUGGAAAGGGAACAAAAUAAAAUUAAUGAUAAUAAUUGUGAUGAAAAAAAUAAUAAUUGUGAUGAAAAAAAUAAUAGUUGUGAUGAAAAAAAUAAUAGUUGUGAUGAAAAAAAUAAUAGUUGUGAUGAAAAAAAUAAUAAUUGUGAUAAAACCAAAUGGACGUGUCACAAGCUACUUGAAGAUAAUUAUUACAAAAAAUAUAACGUUUCUAUUCCACAUCGUUAUAAUAGCAUGGAUAGUGUUCUUGAUUUUUAUGAUGACUAUGAUUAUUAUCAUAACAUGGAUACAUAUAAUUAUUUUAAUGAUAAAUGUAAAAAUAAUUGUAAAAAAUGUUGCAAGAAAGUUAAAGUAAGGAAAUCACAAAGGGAAAAUAAAAAGAACAUUACUAAAUAUAUUAAUAACAACAAAAAUUUUGGUAAGAAUAAAAAUUAUGGUAAGAAUAAAAAUUAUGGUAAGAAUAAAAAUUAUGGUAAGAAUAAAAAUUAUGGUAAGAAUAAAAAUUAUGGUAACAACAAAAAUUAUGGUAACAACAAUUCCCAUGUCUUCAUAAAAAAUAAAGAAAUGUAUAACUUUCUAUUUUUAUUUUUUAAUAUUCCAUCGGUAGAGACAAGAAACAAAUUUUUCUGUAUUACCAAGACUAAUAUAAAAAAUAUAUUUUUUGAGAUAUUAUCAUUUGAAUUACAGUUGUUUGAAUCCACAUAUUUAUGUCUAACAUCUGUCGCUGCUUAUGUUCAGAUAAAUAAUUUUUUAAACUUGGUAUAUUAUUUAUCAAAUUCUUAUGGUAUUAUAUUAGCAAAACUUAUUGGUGUGUACAUAAGUUCACAAAGGAAAAGGGAAAAAGAUAAUCAAAAUAAAAAAUAUAAUGAAUAUAAUUUAAAAGAACCAAUGAAAGAAUAUACAAAACUAUUUGUUGAAAAAAAUGAAGAAGUGAAUGAUAUUAAAAAUAAAAAGAACUUUAGUUUGACCGAAAUUUGUUUAGCCUUCUUUCUAUUAUUAUCCUUUUUAUAUACUUGUUUAACAGUAUUAUAUGUAUAUCAUAAAAAUAUUAUAAUUUUCUUUUAUACAGAUAUGAAAUUACAAAACCAACUAAUAAACAUUUUCAACAUACUAAAUUUAGAAUUAUAUUUUGAGGCCUUAGCAUCUUUAUUAAACAGUGUAAUUAAAGGAUUAAGUUUACAAAAUGAAAUAACAUCUUUUACAUUUUUCAAUUUUAUGUUUUUGAUGAACAUACUUGGAUUAUUUUUAUCCUUCUUUUUAAAAUGGGAGUUAUAUGGAUUUAUUUAUUCAAAUUUAAUAUGUAUGAUUCUACAAGUAUUAUAUUUAAUAAUAUUCCUUACAAACAAAUUUUACAUAAAAAAUACCCACAAGGAACAAAUAUUCAGUUAUUAA